AUGUGUUGUAUUAGCGUUGGUGUAGUGGAUGCUGAUGCAGCUCCAUAUGCGCCUGCAAUGUUUAUUUUUGGGGACUCACUAGCGGAUUUUGGGAACAAUAAUUUCAUUCCAGAAGCUAAAUUUCGUGCGAACAUCACACCAUAUGGGAUCUCCGCUUUUCCCAAACCGACCGGCCGAUUUUCAGAUGGGCUCCUUACUUUUGAUUAUAUAGCUACCUAUCUGGGGUUACGUUCUCCCCGCCGAUUUCUUUCAGCUCGGUCAAGAAGAUUUUCGCGUGGAAUCAAUUUUGCAUCUGCAGGGAGUGGAUUGCUCGACUCAACUGGGAAACGAGAGAAUAUUAUGCCUUUAAGGCAUCAAAUAGAACAAUUUCAGAAGCUAUCUAAUAACUUCAUCAAAGCAAAAGGAUCUAAGCACCCACAUGGAUCUAAGAAUGCCAAGUCCCUCAUAGCCAACUCCUUGUUUUGUAUUUCAACUGCGAGCAAUGACCUCGGGGCCUUCUUCAGCGACACGCUAGGCGGACAACCUCCAAAGGAACCAAUCAUUGCAGAGCUUCACAAAAUCUAUGAGCACUACAUAUCAGAGCUUUACAAAUCUGGAGCAAGAAAAUUCCUUGUGGUAGAUGUUCCUCCUCUCGGAUGCACUCCUUUGGCAAGAUAUAAAAAUUCCUUUUCUCCUGGAGCAUGUUUCGAUUUGGCGAACUAUGUUACUAUGUUCUAUAACAUUGAGUUGAGAGACCUGGUGAAUCGUUUGAAUCAAAAUUUAGAUGGAGCUUCCAUCAUUAUUUUUAAAUCCUAUUCUUAUGUGAUGGAUAUGAUUGAGAAUGGUGAACCACAUGGAUUUUCGGAGACAAAACAGGCAUGCUGUGGGUCUGGAGAGUUAAAAGUGGAAGUCCUUUGCGGAAAAACAACUGAACAUUGUGAGCAUCCAAACACGCACUUAUUUUGGGACUGGACUCAUCCCACACAAAAAGCAGCUAAGAUUUUUGCGAGCCAAAUAUGGAGUGGAAAUUCUUCUAUUAUGGAACCGUUCAAUCUCUCUACUCUAAUAUUGGCAGGAAAAUGA